CAACGGGGGGCAACCAGUUUUGUCGGCCGGCGGCCGUUGUGCAGUUCAGUCUUGUGCCGUUCGCAGAAACGGCCGGAGCCCAGCCACCGGUGGCGAGCUAGAAAACGCGGAAAACAUUCGGAACUCUCCUUCCUUCCAGGAGAUUAGUGCUACUUCCGCUAACAAGGCGCAACCAACGGGUACACCCAGAUCCGUCCGCGCAAUGGCGACCGCGAAGGAUAGUGCGGUGAUCGUGCGCCGGACGCAGCGGCACGAUCUGCCGGAAGUGAUCGCUAUGAUACAGGAGCUGGCUGACUUUGAGAAGAUGCCGGACGGACCGCAGCUUACCGUGGACGAUCUGAUACGGGACGGUGGAUUCGACGGGCGGCAAUCAGGCGAUGGUGAUGGUGGUGCCCCAGUGUUUCAUAGUUUUGUGCUCGAAGCUACUGCCGAUGCAGACGACCCGGACGGCCCGGCUAAUCAGGAACAGCUACAAACGUCAAUGCCGGGCCCGGCCAGCAAGCCAGCAAGACCUCUAACCCGCAAGCUGAUCGGAUACGCCAUUUGCUACUACUCGUACUCGACCUGGCAAGGAAAGUCGCUCGCACUGGAAGACAUCUAUAUCCGGCCGGCCUACCGGGGCAACGGGUAUGGGGAGCUGUUCUUCCGUGCCCUGGCCAAGCAUGCAAAGGAAAGCCGCUGCUCCAGGGUGGAUUUCCACGUGCUCAACUGGAACCCGGCCACCAAGUUUUAUCGUCGUAUGGGUGCGCUGGAUUUAACCGAAGCCGAGAGUUGGCACUUUUAUCGGUUGCAAAAGGAUGCCAUCGAUCGGCUGCUGGCAGAUGAUCGGCAGUAGGAAAGAAGGGAUCGGCUUUGCAUAGGAAACGAGUGUCAAGUAUUAUCGAGAAAUAGCAGGGCAGCACGGAGAUGACCCGUUUGGUGUAAUGGUGAACGCGCCGGUUUCUGAGAAAACCCUUCCUUAGUUCGAUUCCCAUCUUAGGACUAAUAGACUUUAUAAUUAUUCGGUCUUUGUAUUUAUAAUUAAGAUCUAGCAAGAGACCUUUACCGUAAAGGCGUCUGGGGUGGACGUGUGAUCAAAGUAUUUACGGGAUAUCGUGUUACGCUCAAAGAAGAAAAAGAAAAAAACCCGAUAUUCUAAUUAAAGAAAACAAAGGCAAGUGUUAGGAAAGAUAUUACAAUUUGUCACCUUCUCUUGAACGAUGGAUUGCAAAUAGAUUAUGUGAAAUGUUGUGCAAUAAAGGGGAUUUAAAUCGCUGUCAAUUCAA